CUUCACCCAAAUAUAUUUGGAUUAUUUAUAGACGCAUCAUCAUACCCCGCGUAUAAAUGGCGCAAUACUGUUGGCUGGAAGAUUACGAUCGUACUGACAAUUUCGCAAAUUUCGCAACUUUUUAAAACUUUGAAAUCGGAUUCUAUAUUUUUUUCCUUUCGACCUUUUAAAUUUCGAAAGGGAUCCGAUCCGGUUCUCCAAAAGGUCCUUCCAUCAUAAAAAAGAUUUGGGGAAAGCUCCACUUUAGGUUUUUUUUAGGGUUCUAAAAUUAUCUCAACGAUUUCGCGCGAAAAUAUGGAUUACGAUGGUCAAAGAGGAUCAGCAACACCGUCAACAAUGUUGGCUUCUCUGCUUAAUAAAAGAGCUAAGCUUCAAGAAGAGCUACGAAGCAUCGAAAGACAAGUAUAUGAUAUGGAAACAAGUUAUUUGCAGGAUCCAAGCCAAUGUGGUCACGUUUUGAAAGGUUUCGAGGGAUUCCUCUCUUCAUCGAAGAAUACUGCGCUCCUGAAGCGGUCCAGGAAGUUUCAGCCGGAAGAUAGGCUAUUCUCGUUGUCUUCUGUCACUUCACCCGCGGCUGAAGAGGUUGCCGCCGGUAGAGAUGCAGAUGGGAAGUCGUACUACGGUGUGGGUCGGUCUAAGGGUGGAGGUUACUUUGCCAAUGGGCAAGGAAAGCCAAAGAAGGGAAGAGUUAGAGAAGCCAAGAGAAUAAGACACUCUAGUGAACCAGAUUUUGACUAUGAUGAUGAUCCUGAUGUCACAUUUUGAAACCUCUUUUAUCUGAUGAAAUGCUUCUUGGCCUUUCCCUCGAGCUUUUAACUUGUUCGUUUUGAAACGAUCAUUAAUGGCGGAUGUUAUUUUCAGGAUUUUGAAGUUUACGUUUUCAUGGUGCUCAAACUGAAUCAUGGGGUACAUAUGGUUUCAAUGUUGAAUGGCAAUGUAAAUCAACUUUGUACAGUUGAAAGCUUCGGACCAAGUUUCAGGCAACAAGUUUCUUCUCUUGUUUCAUUUUAGCAGUAUUAUUACCAUUUCAACAAGGUAGUAUUUUCAAGUUAAAGUGGUUUUGAAUUUGAAAAUUUUAAGUUUGAUUUUUAUUUAUUUAUCAAGUUUAGAUUCAAA